GCAUUGAGUACUACUGGAUAGUACUGUAUACGGUAGACACAGCCAAUUCUUUCCCCCUUUUAGCUUUCUUUUAUUACUCCAAAAGCUUCUUCUUCCCAUGUAAAGAUUGGAAAAAGGUGCGGUUUCAUUUGCCAGCCAUUCAUGGAAGCUCAUCGCUUCCAACGCAACCACAAACUCCACACUUGAAAGCCCACAAUCUUCUACACUCUCAAUCCAUCACAUUCACCUUUCCCUUCGUCUUUCAUCUUAUUCUUCUUCCUCAGAUCUAGUUCAAUUGUAAAUACGAUUCAUUGAAAGAAGCGAAGGAGAUUGCAUUUAUGUGAUUACUGAUUUGAUUGUACUAGCUUCAAGUUGAAUUCUACAAUGGCGUCGACGCAAGGUAUAUUGCAACCGAGGAAAUCGACUUCGAAAUAUGCGAAUUCGCCAUCCUCUUCGACUACUUCAUCUUCGAAACAUUUUCCGGAGGCUUCUGUUGAUAAUCUGAGCUCUCCGGCUUCAUCUUCUAGAAGCAAGCCGCAGUACUUUUAUUCCGAGAGUUUGCCAUUGGGUUCUGAGAGAUCGAAGGAGAAUGUCACUGUUACUGUUCGGUUCCGGCCUCUCAGUCCGAGGGAAAUUCGACGAGGGGAGGAGAUUGCGUGGUAUGCGGAUGGAGAAACUAUUCUACGGAAUGAAGAGACACCAUCGAUAGCUUAUGCAUAUGAUCGGGUCUUUGGUCCUACAACCACAACACGUCAUGUAUAUGAUAUUGCAGCUCAACAUGUUGUUAGUGGUGCAAUGGAAGGCGUUAAUGGAACUAUUUUUGCCUAUGGUGUUACAAGUAGUGGAAAGACUCACACCAUGCAUGGUGAUCAAAGGUCCCCAGGAAUUAUUCCCUUAGCUAUAAAGGAUGCUUUUAGUUACAUUCAAGAGACCCCAGAUCGUGAAUUUCUUCUCCGUGUCUCAUAUUUGGAAAUUUACAAUGAGGUUGUCAAUGAUUUAUUAAAUCCAGCAGGACAAAAUUUAAGAAUACGAGAGGAUAAUCAGGGAGCAUUUGUUGAAGGAAUAAAGGAGGAAGUUGUUCUAUCACCUGCCCAUGCCCUUUCUCUUAUUGCAGCUGGAGAAGAACACAGACAUGUAGGUUCAACAAAUUUUAAUUUACUCAGCAGCAGAAGCCACACAAUAUUUACUCUGACAAUAGAGAGUAGUCCUUGUGGUGAUAAUAAUACUGAAGGAGAAUCUGUUAACUUUUCACAGCUGAAUCUCAUAGAUUUAGCAGGUUCUGAGAGCUCAAAAGCUGAAACAACUGGUGUUUGUAGAAAAGAAGGAUCUUACAUUAAUAAAAGCCUUCUAACUCUUGGAACUGUUAUAUCAAAGUUAACAGAUGGGAGAGGUUCUCAUAUACCAUAUAGGGACUCAAAAUUAACUCGCCUUCUUCAAUCUUCAUUAAGUGGUCAUGGAAGAGUUUCUCUAAUUUGCACUGUUACCCCCUCAUCAAGCAAUUCAGAAGAGACACAUAACACAUUGAAAUUUGCACAUCGUGCAAAACAUAUUGAGAUUCAAGCUGCUCAAAACAAGAUAGUUGAUGAAAAAUCCCUUAUAAAGAAAUACCAAAACGAAAUUCGAUCAUUAAAAGAAGCACUAGAACAAUUAAAGACAGGUGUUGUAACAUUUCCUCAAUUAAAACACCCCGGACCCAUAGCAGAUGAUAUUCUUAUCCUUAAACAAAAGCUAAAAGAUGGUGAAGUCAAACACAAGUCGAAAUUGGAUCAAGAAGAAGAAGAAGAAGAAGCUAAAGCAGUUUUAUUAAGCAGAAUACAAAGAUUAACAAAAUUAAUUCUAGUCUCCACCAAAUCUUCACACCCAUCUAAAUUUUCUCAUCUAAGGAGAGGAUAUUCCUUUGGGGAGGAAGAGCUUGCAUAUUUACCACAAAGAAGGCGUGACUUAAGUUUAGAUGAAGAAAAUAUGGAGUUAUAUGUUUCACUUGACACAAGUGAGGAAAUUAACAAUGAUGUGCUUAAGGAGGACAAAAAGGUCAAAAAAACCGGAUUGCUUAAAUGGUUAAAACUUCGGAAACGAGAUGGUAGCUAUGGCGCUUUAACGAUCACAAGCGAUAGAUCAAGUGGAGCCAAAUCGAUUAAUAGUCCAGUUUCCACUCCUAAAACGUCUAAUCAUAAUCAUCCUAUCGAACAAUCCAGACAUUCACAUUCACAAUCUGUCGACUUCUUAUUCGACCCCAAACAAGAUAAUCAACAGCAAAUCAUCGAAGACGACAAUUCAUCGCAACACGACACUGCUGUAGUAUCAAUAUCAUCCCCUUCGAUUACCAGAUUGAACGACGAAAUCAAACUCAAAAACGAACAAAUCUCCCUCUUGGAAGCCGAAGUUGCAAAUAAUCAACUACUUCAACAACAGUUAAACCAAAAGGUGCUUGAGAUCGAACAACUUCAACAGAAAGUCACCGAACUCACCGAGUCAAAAACCGAGUUAGAAUCCCGGAACAAAAAGCUAGCGGAUGACAGUAAAUACGCUAAAGGAUUAGCCUCCGCGGCCGCCGUCGAGCUCACGGCUCUGUCGGAUGAGGUCGCGAAACUGAUGAAUCAAAACGAGAGACUAAUGGCGGAGUUAGCCGCCACAGCCACCGCCACCACGCCGAAGAACUCUCCGGCUAACCGGAAAACGACCGGUCCGGCUAAAAACGGGCGGAGAGAGAACGUUAACACGCGGACGAAAGAACAGGUGGAGAUGAAAAGAGAACUUGCGUUGAGUAGGGAAAGAGAAAUGUCGUAUGGGACGUUGUUGUCGCAAAAGGAUGAGAGAGAAGCGGAGCUACGGCGGAGACUGGAGGAGUCGAAGCAGAGAGAAGCGUAUCUUGAAAACGAGCUUGCGAAUAUGUGGGUUAUGGUGGCCAAAUUGAAGCGGCUGCAAGGAGCGGAGACUGAGCCGUCGGAGUCGAGUAAAGAUUUGGAUUAGAAAUUUAGGGUUUGUAAGAUUGUGUGUACUGUUGUUAUUGUGAGGUAAUUUGUGAACUGCUUCUUUUAGAAGGUUCACUCUUUUGUGUAAAUUAUGUUGUUUGCUGAGUAAUUGAAAAAAGUUAAAGUACUCGAUGGAAAUCUGGAAUAAUUGAUCAAUUUUAGUCA